ACCUGUGCUGAUGGUCGUGCUGUAAAGUGGGCUGCAGUGCUCCAUGCCGCGUACCGUGGGGUCCUGACCCACAUACUGCUGCUGCUUUUGGGAAAACCUCACAGCAUCGAGAGCUCCGAGCGCAUCCAGCUCUCUGGAACGUAUAACGUAAGGAAAGGAAAGCUGCAGCUGCCAGUGAACCGCUGGAGUCGACGGCAGGUGAUUUUAUGUGGCACUUGCCUGAUGGUGUCCUCAGUGAAGGCCAGCCAUACGGGCAAGAUGCACAUUCUGCCACUGAUCGGAGGAAAGGUGGAAGAGGUGAAGAAACACAGUCACUGUUUGGCCUUCAGCUCGGCGGGACCUCAGAGUCAGACCUACUACAUCAGCUUCGACAGCUUCACCGAACACCUGCGCUGGCACCGGCAGGCAGCUAAGGUGGUGUCUCAGAGGAUCAGCUCGGUGGAUCUGUCCUGCUGUAGUCUGGAGAAGCUGCCGUCUAAUCUGCUGUACAGUCAGGAUCUGACGCACCUCAACCUCAAGCACAACUUCCUUCCUGCUGACCAGACGCUGCUGCAGCUGCAGAGAUUCUCCCGCCUGCGGAGCCUCAAUCUCUCUCAUAAUCAGCUGCGGAGUUUCCCGCUGCACAUCUGCUCCAUCAGCACACUGACGGAGGUCAACCUCAGCUGCAACCUCCUGACCUCCAUCCACCCCGACCUGGCCAACAUGAGCCAUCUGCAGACGCUGGUUCUGGACGGGAACCUGCUGUCUGCUCUCCCAGUGGAGCUGGGUCGUCUGCAGCGGCUGGUCUAUCUGGGUCUGUCCUUCAAUGAGUUCACACAGGUGCCGUCGGUGCUGGAGCAGCUGCCCGCUGUCGAGAGGCUCUGCAUGGCUGGGAAUAAAGUGUGUGUGCUGACGCUGCAGGCCUUCCAUCUGCUGACGCUCAAACACAUCGACCUGCGUCUGAAUCAGAUCUCGGCUGUGCUGCCAGACGAGCCAGAGUUUCUGCGUCACGUGACGCAGCUGGAUGUGAGAGACAACCGUCUGAGCGAGCUGGACGCGUCUGUCUUCCCGCGGCUGGAGGUGCUGCACUGUCAGAGGAACCGCAUCACACGUCUGCGUCUGCGCGGCUGCGCGCUCAAAGCUCUCUACGCCUCCAGCAACGAGCUGCAAGAGCUGCACAUGAGUCCUGUGGCCUCCAGCCUCACAUACCUGGACAUCUCCAGAGAUUGUAAAGAAAGCACAGAUCAGACCUGUGUCUCUGCUGCAGCGCUGUGUGUUCAUCAGUGUGUGUUUGACGUCCUCAGGCUGCUGUGCAGUGGGAGUCUGAGGAAGAUCCUGGCGGGUCAUAACCAGCUGAAGCGUCUGCCGGAGCGUGUGGAGCGUCCAGCGGUGGAGGUGCUAGACCUGCAGCACAAUCAGCUCACAGAGCUUCCCUGCAACCUCUUCCUCAAAUCAGAGAGUUUGCGGUGUCUGAACGCGUCAGCUAAUAAGCUGGAGAAUCUGCCGCCGUCCAGCCUUUCAGAGGAGAGCAGCAGCGUCCUGCAGGAGCUGUACCUGAGCAACAACCACCUGACCGACAGGUGUGUGCCGCAGCUGACCGGACACACACACCUGAGGAUCCUGCACAUGGCCUACAAUCACCUGCAGACCUUCCCAGCCAGUAAAAUGGCCAAGCUGGAGGAGCUGGAGGAGCUGGACCUGAGUGGGAACAGGCUGAAGGCGGUGCCCACCACCAUCAUGAACUGCAGACGCAUGCACACACUAGCAGCUCACUCCAACUGCAUCGAGGUGUUCCCCGAAGUCCUGCAGCUCACUGAGAUGAAGUGCGUGGAUCUGAGCUGUAACGAGCUGCGUGAGAUCACUUUACCUGACAGUCUACCUCAUAAACUCCAAGAGCUGGAUCUGACGGGAAACCUGCGUCUGAAUCUGGACCACAAGACCCUCGAGCAGCUCAAUAACAUCCGCUGUUUCCGGAUCGACCCGCCCCCUUCCUCGUUCUCAGCCAAUGAGGCGGCAGGAGGGCCGGCUGUCUGGAGUCACGGCUACACCGAAGCCUCGGGCAUCAAAAACAAACUGUGUGUGGCGGCGCUGUCGGUGAACAGCUUCUGCGGCAGCAGAGAGGCUCUGUACGGUGUGUUUGACGGAGACAGGAACGUGGAGGUGCCGUAUUUACUGCAGUGCACCAUGAACGACAUACUGGCCGAGGAGCUGCAGAGGACCAAGAGCGAGGAAGACUACAUGACCAACACCUUCCUCGUCAUGCAGAGGAAGUUGGGCACAGCAGGGCAGAAGCUGGGCGGUUCUGCGGCGCUCUGUCACAUCCGGCACGACCCCACUGACCCCGCCGGCUGCUUCACCCUCACCGCUGCUAACGUGGGCAAGUGUCAGGCGGUGCUGUGCCGCGACGGCAAGGCGCUUCCGCUGUCACUGCUGCACAACAUCAGCAUCAGAGAGGAACACAACCGCGUGCAGCAGCAUAAAGCCAUCAUCACUGAGGACAACAAAGUGAACGGCGUAACAGACUCCACACGCAUCAUGGGCUAUUCGUUCCUCUACCCAGCAGUCUUACCGUGUCCGUACGUCACCACGCUCCCGCUGACCCCCAGAGACGAGUUCUUCAUCCUGGGCAGCAGAGGUCUGUUUGAAGUCUUGGACCCCAGCGAGGCGGUGGAAGCCGUACGGAAGGUUCCCGACGCGCUGGCGGCCGCUAAGAAGCUGUGCACGCUUGCACAAUCAUAUGGCUGCACCGAUAGCCUCAGCGCCGUGGUGGUGCAGCUCAAUGUGGCUGAAGACUGUUGUUGUUGCUGCUGCGCGGCGUCCGCUGAGCCUGGCUCCGGAAGCAUGCAUGCACCGCCGCAGCCCCCGCCGAGCCCCAGCCUGUACCCGGCCUCCUGCAGCGAGAUCAGCUCUGAGGUCAGUGCUUCCGAGAUGAGCUCCGAAGUGGGAUCCACCGCGUCCUCAGACGAGCCGCAGCUCCUGCUGCAGGAGGCGCAGCUCCACCUUCAUCUGCCGCAGCUGCAGCUGAACCCGCGCCUCCCCUGCUGCUCGCUCCACCUUGCUCCCAACUCCGGAAGCUCCUUCCAGAGGCAGCUUUCCAGCGCCACCUUCUCCAGCGCGCUCUCAGACAACGGCUUGGACAGCGAGGACGAGGAGCCCAUCGCCGGCGUCUUCUCCAACGGCAGUCGGGUGGAAGUGGAAGCCGAUGUCCACUGUCUGCUGCCUCCACCUCCUCCACCCUGCACCCCGGAGAAGCUUCCGGAGGAGGCCGGGAAUCUCGCGGGAGCUGACACUUGGAGCAAGACCUUGGGGAAGCGAAGGGGAAACGGCUCGGUGGCGCCGCAGGAGCAGAGCCACAACCUGAUUGAGGUGGCGGCUGAAGCACCUUCAAAGAAACCUGGGGGUUACUUCACGGCGUCGGCUCAGCCUGACCCCGACGACCAAUUCAUCAUCCCUCCGGAGCUGGAGGAGGAGGUGAAGGAGAUCAUGAAACAACAUCAGCAGGACAAGAGCGAGCGACCUGCGGACUGCUACGACACGCCGCUCUGAAGCAGGCGCUGCAUUCUGUCGUCAUCUACUCAGCCUGAUCUUGUCCAUAGCUCUUCAACGUAGGGCUGGGCGAUGCAGCAAAAAGAUAAAUCUUGAUAGCAAUGUCGAUUUUAACUAGUCAACUUAAAAACAUAACUACAGGAUUCAAGUAACAUUCACUUUCUUACAAACUUGCAAAACCAUGCAUUUAAAGAAAGCUCUUUUUCAAGUGUACCACACGUUUUAGAAGUCAACUCAAAAAGUCAAGGCGAUUCAAAUCAAAAUGACUCAAAGUAUAACAGCAUUAGCAUGCGAUUAUAGCUUUCAGUCUGUCAGCAACGUGCAAAAAUCAAAUAUCAGACAUACAGCAGUAGUUCUGCACAGGUUUCUGCUUUUCCAGUGUUUUUAUAUGUAAACCUGUGCUUUGACCAUUGCGCUCGCGUCUUUUGCAGCAUUACGCACAUGAAAUGGCAUUCUAAGAAUGUGGUGCUCGAGUUAAAAGCAGCUCAACUCGCGUCUCUUAACCUUGUGUUUUUCCUGUUCCACUGCAGCGCCUCGUGUUUUCAGCGCAGAAACAAAUUCUGUGUGAAUAUUUGCAAUGUGUUACACUCCUUCAAAGAGCACGUCACGCGCUUUAUCAGCUGUUAGCACUGGCGGAUUGUCAGCGUGUCUAAUUGUAACAUUUGCUAAUAUUUUUAUUCAAACCUGGCAAAACAUUACUUUCAAAUGAAUCGAUGAAACCGAAAAAUCGCCCAACCCUACGUGCAGACUCUCACCCCAAACUAAAGCGUUUCUUGCACUAAUAAUGCACUUGCUGCAAUGUGAGCCUGAGUAAAUGAAGACUGAAUGAAGUCAACAGAGCGGAGCAUCUUCUGCUCGCAGCUUCACUGCAGUCAACUAAUAUGAAGACCUGCGACGCCAACAAGAUCUCAACCGAUCCCUUUAAGAGAAGGCGAGCGUGACCCGUGCCUCACCUGUUUAAGUGUUUCACUACUGAUCACUGACUGUUUCACUUUUAUUUACCUUAAACACGAUACCUAUAUAAUUCAACACUAGUCUUGGGAUGUUAACUGUCAUUACCAACGACAAGACUCUGGAUAUUUUGAUUUCGUACUUUAGUUACCAUAUGUUUUUAUGCGAGAGAAGCUACAACAGACUUAAAAACAGGAGAUUGUGUUGUACGGUACACAGUAGUAAAACCAUGCUUAACUGUUGUAGAUAGGGCACUUAAAGUAAUACUGUAUCUCUUCAGUAAAUCAAGGCUUCGUGCCUGUAUAAAAACUAGAAAUUUAGUGGAAAUUUGAAAGACUAACUCCUAGGAGUUGCUUACUCUUUUAUGGUGACUUCGUCACGUUUUACUAAUCUUCUCUGCGAGAAAUGGUGAUUUUUUCAUUUCCUCUUUCCAAUGAUUGUACAUAAGAAAAAUAUUGUAUACCAAUGCUUUUUAAGAGAACUGUGUGUCUAGAAUGAGAUGACCCUUUAUGCAUACAUGCCAAUAGAUGUAUAUGUACCAGAAGCAUAUACACACACACACACCACCUGUAAAUGAACUGUGCUGUUGUCACUCACUGAUCAAUGAGCCAUACACACACACACACACACUCACACACACACACACGCACACACUCACAGACACACUCACACACAC